AUGAUUUUGACUUUAUUUUUAGCAAGUUUUUUCGGUUUGACACGUCAACAGAUAUGGGAGGAAGAAGAUGAGGAAGAAGAAGACGAUGAUUGUGCCUUUAUCUCAGGUCAGGACUGUGAUCAAAAUGGGAUUUGUAAAUAUUGUGCCAUGUGUCUUCAAAGUUCUUGUAUCCUCAGUAAAACGAUUGGUACUGGCCCAACCACUUGUAAUACCACGCAAUUUGGUACGACCAAUCUAUAUAACUGGUACGAUUAUUGUUUGUCCAGUGAUAAUGAUGUAGCCGGAUCUUAUUGUGCAACCAGUACAGAGUGUUACCAAUAUCGAAAAAGCGCUGGACCAUCCGUCACUUAUGCGUGGCACAAUUUGACAUGUAACCCUUCUACAUGUAUGCUCAUUGCCAGUAACGGUGCACCACCACCCAUACCAGUACCACCUCAAACAAACAGUAAUCUACCCGACAGUAAUCUUCACCGUCUUAAUAAUAACUCACAUCAUCAUGAUGAUGAAAUAUCUGAUAAUGCUGACAAACACCACUACUAUCAUGACAAACGUCCAUUACAAAACCCAGCUGCUAUCGGUUUAACUAUUGUCUGUUCUCUAUUGAUCGUUGUAUUUUUAUGUUAUAUAGCUAAACGUUACAAGAAGAAGUCGGAUGAGCAAAAAGAAAAAAAUAAACAGCCACCUUCAGCAGCAGCAGCAACAGCAGAAAGAGGUAGAACUCAAUCGGUCACUUCAACUAUUCCCAGCUCAGCGCCACCUUCUUUUUCUUCUGCUCCACCCGAUAUGUCUGUGAUACGUCAUCCGCACGUUCGUUGGCAACCAACUUCUUCUACACGUUCCUCCACGGGGUCUGUGGAACCUUUGCCAUCGUACUUGACGCCUUACUCAUCUCCUCCUAAAUAUGAACAAGCCAUUGUGACACAAAUUCGUGACUUGCGGGAAGAUAAUGCAAGUUCCUCCACACGCCUUGAACAGCAGCCACCUCCCACGGCUUGGGUUCCCGUUUAUUUCACUAGGCAACAAAAUAAUUUCCAGUCUAGUGUAAAUCGUGGUGAAGUCUUUGGUUUCACCCCAAAUCAUUCUUACUGGCUACAGCACCUGGACGAUCCUUAA